AUGUCUGAACAAGAAGCCAAGCAACAAGAGCAGCCCGUCGCUGCUCCGACUGAAGGUGCUCCCGCUGCCGAAGUUAUCCUCGGCGAAGACGGUCAACCUUUGUCGAAGAAGGCCCUUAAGAAGUUGGAAAAGGAACGCGAGAAGGCCAAAAAGAAGGCCGAACGCGAAGCUCAGCUCGCUCAGGAAAAGGCUGCUAAGGAAGCUGCCGCUGCCAAUGACCCCGCCAAGGCCAACUACGGCAAGUUGCCUUUGAACAACUCGUCUCUGCGCACCAACGAGCCCCGGGCCCAGAUCGGUGACCUUUCCGCUGCCAAGGACGGUGAGGAAGUGUUGAUCAGAGCCAGAGUCCACAACACCAGACAACAAGGUGCCACCAUGGUCUUCAUCACUCUCAGACAACAAUUGUCUUCCAUCCAAGCUCUUUUGAAGGUGAACAAGGACGAAGGUUCCAGCGCCAUCUCGAAGCAGAUGGUCAAGUGGGCCGGUUCGGUUUUGCCCGAAUCGAUCGUGUUGGUCAGAGGUGUCGUUAAGAAGGCGCCCGAAGCCAUCAAGUCGGCCACCGUGCAAGACGCCGAAUUGCACAUCUCGCAAAUCUUUGCCAUCGCCGAAGCCCCCGAAUCAUUGCCGUUCAAUGCCGAAGAGGCGUCGAGAUCCGAACAAGAAUGCGAAGAAAAGAACUUGCCCUUCAUCAACUUGGACACCAGACUUGACUCGCGUGUUGUUGACUUGAGAACUAAGACCAACCAGGCUAUCUUCAAGAUCCAAGCCGGUGUGUGCAAGUUGUUCAGAGAGUUCUUGGACAAGAAGGGUUUUACUGAAAUCCACACUCCCAAGAUGAUUGCCGCCGCUUCUGAAGGGGGUGGUAACGUCUUCGAAGUUUCGUACUUCAAGGGUAAGGCUUACUUGGCCCAAUCGCCCCAAUUUUACAAGCAACAAAUGAUUGCUGCCGACUUUGAAAAGGUUUACGAAAUCGCCCCCGUGUUCAGAGCCGAAAACUCCAACACUCACCGUCACAUGACCGAAUUCACUGGUCUCGAUUUGGAAUUGACUUUUGAAGAACACUACCACGAAGUGUUGGACUUGCUUUCGGACUUGUUUGUGUUCAUCUUCUCGGAGCUUAAGUCGAGAUACGCUACCGAAAUCGCCACUGUCCGUCAACAAUUCCCCGUUGAAGAAUUCAAGCUUCCUGCUGACGGUAAGAUGGUCAGACUUACCUUCAAGGAAGGUAUCGACAUGUUGAAGGAAGCCGGCAAGGACCUCGACUACUACGAAGACUUGUCGACAGAAAACGAAAAGUUGUUGGGUAAGUUGGUCUACGAAAAGUACGACACCGACUUCUACAUCUUGGACAAGUUCCCUCUUGACGUCCGUCCCUUCUACACCAUGCCUGACGCCGAAAACCCCAAGUUUUCCAACUCUUACGACUUCUUCAUGCGCGGUGAAGAAAUCUUGUCGGGUGCUCAACGUAUCCACGACCCCGACUUCCUUGCUGAACGGAUCAGAGCCCACGAAGUCGACCCCACCGUGCCCGGGUUGAAGGAAUACAUCGACGCCUUCUCGUGGGGCUGUGCUCCUCACGCUGGUGGUGGUAUUGGUUUGGAAAGAGUGGUGAUGUUCUACUUGGGCUUGGGUAACAUCCGGAGAGCGUCGUUGUUCCCCAGAGACCCCAAGAGAUUGACGCCGUGA